AUGGAUCUAUGGAAAAUUGCUAUCAGGAUCAACAUCGCAAUAUGGCUUGCCGUCAGAGUCGCCCCUGGACGCCAUGCCUCCACCCACAGUAGGCAGUCGGUGCAGGAGAAGCUUGGGAAUGAAACUCGCAGCAGCAGUAGAUCCCCACUGCAAUCCAAAUCCUUUAACUCUCGUGAAAGAAAGCGGCCCGUAACCUGCUGGAGGACAGCAGCAGAUGAUGAGCGCUCACCGAAGCGAGCCACCCGCAGCCUCCAGCCUUCAUGGCAGGAGGACAACGCUACCGAAGCGGACUGGGCCCCACUCGACCUCUCCGUUUUCAGCGACGUGGUGCAGCAGCAGCAGCAGGACGGCGGUGAGGAGCAAGGAUGGACUACCGUCACGACCAGCCGAGCUCGCCGCCACCAGCCCCCGAGGCCCAAGUUCAAGCUGGGCAGCCUGGGCGAAUACGAGAACUCUUACCGAGCCAUCUCUGCCCUCGAGAGGGAGUAUCCGACCCUUCGGAUACAGGACGAGGAUUCCACGGCACUCCUGCGCCGCAUCGCGGAGGAAGGAAACAGGGUGCUCCUCCUCGACCCAAGCGAAAAGAGGCACAAGGUGGUGCUGGAGCGCUACCCGCUCGACCUGCCUCUCGAGGCGGUAGAGGCUCACCCUCAGGUGACCUCCGCCCAGCGUCUGACCUCCAAGGAGGACAAGUUGCCCACGAGACAGGUGCUACUUGUGUGUGUGGGGCCGCCGCCCGCCAAGUUGGAUCUCGGCUGCUGGGGCAGAUACUCCCUGCGCCCCUACCAAGGUGAGCCUGUAAGAUGUUACAGGUGCCAACGGUACAACCACCUGCAGGCGCGGUGCGAACAUGCCGCCAGGUGCGGCGUGUGCAGCCUGCCCCACCCGACGGAGGAGUGCAUCGCCCGCCAUAAGGCCAACGAGGCAACCACCGCCAGGUGCCCAAACUGUGGGAAAAACCACCACGCGUGGAACCCCCAGUGCCCUGAGAGGCUCCGUAGGAUGCCUCGUUCACGCCAGCAGCAACAACAGCAGUCUCAGGCGCCACCAAGGCGGCAACGUCGACGUCGCCAUAAAGCGUCGCAUGGGCAGCCCCGGCAACAGAUCGCUCAGCCCCAGCAGCAACAGCAUCCACCACGUGGCCAGCCAGGAAGGUCAGCGCGAGAUCCCGUUGCACCCGCCCCACCUCCAGUCAGGUCAGCUUGGGUCCCGCGGCAGGCCCCCUUAGCCACCCCCCCACCCCCGUCCCAGCCAGCGGCAAGACCGGAAGAGAUUAACCGGCAACCCCCUCACCGCCGACCCGAGGUACAGCCUCCAGCCAUAGGCACGGAGAGCCGCACCCCCUCCGCCCACCCCUCCACUCGCUCAGGUAGCACCCCUACCAAGCAUGCUCGAGCCAAGCCCCACCACCCGAGCAGCGGCACACAAGGGAGAGACCCUCCCGGCGACGCCCCCGCCCGUGCGGCGACAGGCCCAGCACCGACAACGGUGAGGAGGAGAGCCAUGGUCCCGAGCGAUCCUCUCCACGGGGUGCCCGCCUGUCUCAGCGAAGAAACCCGCGCGGUGGUCAACUGCCUCGUGGCGCGGAUGGUGCAGUUGAUGGCGGAGCUGCUUGCCAGCCCUGAUCACGUCCCCGCUAGGCGGGACGAUCUGGACGCGCUUCUCCGCCAGGAGACGGCCACGGCCAUCUCUGAGUGCGGCCUCCUGCCACCACCGCUGAACUCGAGGGACCCACCCUGCAGGGCCCCCAGGCUCAGAGUCCUGCAAUGGAACGUGCAGGGCCUGCGACCCAAGAAACAUCAAGUCCUACAGGCCGUCUUCGAGGAGCACCUUGACGUUGUGCUCCUCCAGGAAACACUGACGCCCGCCGACUUUGAAUGGAGGGUGGCGGGCUACACCCUUCACUCGCUCCCCACAGCGGAGGGCACCCGAGGCUGUGCAGCGCUGGUGAGGAGCACAAUCCCUCACCGUAGGGUUGCAGCCCCAGUCAACUGCGGGGACGGUGUGGAGGUCCUGGCGCUGGAGCUGCAGGUGGGAAGUCUCCCGCUCCUGGUAUACAACGUAUACAGGAGCCAGCGACACCAGCUGGAGGCAGGAGAGCUUCUCACCCUCGCCUCCCACUCCAGUCUCUUGGUUGCGGGCGACCUCAACGCCCACCACCCCAUGCUACAGUCACCGUCCCCAGCCAACGAAACGGGCCGCCACCUGGCCGUGCUGCUCGAGGAAAUCCCUCACGUGUGCCUUCUCAACACAGGGGAGGCCACCCACACCCGGGGAGGAAGGCUUGACCUCACGUUGGUCUCGAGUGACCUGGCGGCAGGCGCUACGUGGCAGGUGCACCCGACCCUCACCAGCGACCACUUUGCCACCCUCACCACCCUCCCAGUGGCCCCGCCGGUCCCACCCCGCCCGCCCCCACGCUGGAACAUAAGGAGAGCGGACUGGACCAAGUUUCAGGCCUCUCUUGACGAGUGGUGGGCCGCCUAUCAGCCGCCCGCCGACCUACAUCAGCAGGAGAGGGACCUGACGACGGCCAUCCAGACCGCAGCCGCCGCAGCCAUCCCCAGGUGCACCCCGAGCCGCCGCCACCGGACAGACUGGUGGUACUACAACGAAGAGGUGCGCGAGCACAACCACCGUGUCAACCAGCACAGAAAACUGUACAAAAGGCGCCCCAACCCCAACAACCUAAGACUCCUACAGGAUGUGGUGGCCCGCGCACGGCAGGUAUCCCUGAGGGCCAGAGAGGCUAAGUGGCUGGAGUGGUGCGCCACUUUUAGCCACCACACGUCUCUAGGCCAGCUGUGGAGGAGCGUGAGGACAGCCUCCGGCGCUGCCCCGCCCCGCCCGCCCGCCCACCCGCACCCGCAGCAGGAGGCAGAGAGGCUUGCCACCAUGUUCACCACGCGGAGCUCCAGUGACCAGCUUCCUCCCCAGACACAACGCAUCCAGCAGCAGCUCCGACCACACCGCGACGAGGCUGUCAGGGAGGCGAUGGAGGAAGCCGACGUGACUGACCAGCCCUUCUCCCUUCAAGAGCUGGAGCGGGCUAGGAGGAGAGGCCGCGACACGGCAGCGGGGGCGGACGGCGUGCCAUACUCCAUGUUGGCGCACGCUGGGUCGGCUGGGGACGCCGCGCUGUUGGCUACCAUCAACGCCUCAUGGAUGGCGGGCUGUCUGCCGCUCCCUGCCCCCACCUUCCGCGCCGACAUUCAGCCGAUUCCAAAGCCGAGGGAGCCCACCAAGAUCAGACCCAUCUCUCUCCUCAGCUGCACGGCCAAAACGGCUGAGAGGAUGGUGCUCGCGCGGCUACAGUGGCGCGUGGGGCCCUCUCACCCACAUGUGUUCGGCUACACCCGCGGAGUGAGCACGGCAGACAGCAUCCUCGCCCUGCUGACCCAAAUUGACCACCGCCCCGCCGUCAUCGUCUUCAUCGACCUCGAGAAGGCGUUCGAGCUAGCCAGCCCUCACGCCAUCCUCGACGCACUCGUGCGGAAAGGGGUGCGAGGAAGGCUGCUGGCCUGGCUCCGCGACUACCUGCAGCGCCGCCGCGCCAGGGUUAGGUUCCAGGGCCUGAGGUCGACCUUCAAGGUACUUGAGAACGGGACGCCCCAGGGCGGCAUCCUCAGCCCUCUACUGUUCAACCUGCUGAUGGAACAGCUAGUGGCACUGCCUUUCCACGCUGGCACCGUCCUGCUGAGCUACGCCGAUGACCUCGCCCUCGUCGUCACCGGAAGGGGCAACAAGCUCAGGAGGACGCAGCAGGCACUCGACCUCAUCAGCGGGAAAUGCCAGGACCUGGGGCUCAAGAUCUCGGCAGAGAAGUCCCGGGCCAUGAUGGUGAAGGCGGCAGACCCAACCUGGCAGCUCCGCGUCCAGGGAGUUGAGCUGGCAUGGACCAACUCCUACCAGUACCUCGGUGUGUGGGUGGACAAGCGGCUGUCCUUCACAGCCCACGCCGCCUACCUGAGGGAGAGGACGCAGUCUAGGCUGAACGUGAUGCGGGCCAUGACGCGAAUCAGCGCGGGCGCCACUUUUUCCGUCCUGCGCCAGUACUACGUGCACGCUGUUCGCUCGCUGGUGGAUUACAGCGCCCCCGUCCUCAUAGCACUCUCUCCAAACCAGCAGGAGCGGAUCGAGGUGCUACAAAACACCGCAAUGAGGACCAUGCUGGGGGCACCGAGGUGGUCCAGCGCAUGCGUCAUGCAGAGCGAGACCAGACUGGUACCCCUCACCACCAGGGUACAGCAGAUCACGGCCUGCCGCGUAGCGAGGGUGCUGCAGCGUGACGCGGAGGGAGUGACACAGAGGAGACUAAGGCUGGCGGGGACGCAGGGUGCCGAAUCUCUCCGCCGCAACCCGUGGCUGCUGCAGUGCACGCUGGCUACCCACAACCUGGCUCGCAUGGAGAACUGGCCACAGGCGGACCUCCCUGCCCCCACCUUCCGCGCCCCACCCCCGUGGGAGCCACCCGCGGCAGAGUUCUCCGCCACACAGCUGCCCGCCAGCAAGGCGCUCUGCGCCGUGGAGGAGAUGCGGCAGCACGCCUUCAUGGCCAUGGCGCAGGUCACCGAGCCAGACAGUGUUGUGUACUACACCGACGGCUCGGCUGACCCUGACAGCGGAAGGACGGGCGCUGCUGCCAUCACCAGAGGGGCCGAGGUGUGUGAGAGGACUCCCGACCACUGCUCCACCCUGCAGACAGAACUGGUGGCCAUCCUGCUGGCCCUGGAGCACGCUCAACACCGGCGGGAGCGCACCGUGGUGCUCCACACCGACUCCAGAACGGGGCUACAGGCUCUACAACAGCCGUAUCCCAGCGACAACGUGGGCCUCGUCACCGCCAUCCUGGGUAGCCUCCAGAGCCUCGCCGCGCAGGGGCGGCGGGUGAGGCUCAACUGGAUACCCAGCCACGUGGGAGUACGAGGCAACGAGGCUGCUGACGCAGCCGCCAAGAGAGCUGCUAGUGGCCCCCAGGUGACAAGGCAUGUGCCACCCAGCCUGAGCCAAGUGAGGGCGCGAGCCAGGCUCGCCGCAACCAAGCGCGCCCGCCACACGCACCGGCAGCUGGAAACAAGGAAGAGACAGGCAGCUUGGUACGCCUCCGCCACUGGCUACCAGUCGUUGGACGCCUCCCAGCAGCAGCCCAGAGCAGACGGCGUGUUGCUGCAACGCGUAAGGCUGGGCUACUGCACCAGGGAACAGCUGUACGACGACUUUCGGGGGCAGGAGUGCGACCACUGCGGGAGGCACAGCCGCCACCCGCUAGUGCACUACCUACUGUCCUGUCCGGCCACCGCCGCCCUCAGACCAACGCCGCCACCACCGGCCCAUCCUGUAGGCGGUGAUCUCCUCAGCAGCCGCGAGGCCAGGGCUGCCCUCAUCGUCCGCCACACGCCCACAGACCUGAUGCUGCGAGUUCUCAGGGCAGCGCCCCCGCCCCGCUGA